AACCACGCUCUGGCCACACCGCGGUCAGUGUUGGAAAUGGCCUGACAUACACCGAAUGCAAAUUGGCAGCUGCAAACGCAAAUUACACUAACAUGAUGGAUGAACAGCUAAUUGACGAAGUGGCCCAGCACGGGGUGAUCUACAACCGGCAGAAGUACUACCUGAACGGAGGAGCCAAUGGCGGAAAGUACGAGACGAAGGAUGAGGCCUGGCAACUGAUUGCGAUGAAGCUCCGUACGGACGUGGACACCUGCAAGAAGCGAUGGAAGUACCUGCGUGAGCGCUACGUCUCCCAACGGAAGCAGGGCGAUCCGCCUGUCUACGAACACCUGUCGCGCCCCUAUCUGGAGAAGAUGAAGUUCCUGGACCAGCACAUCCAGCCGCGCAAGUCCUAUCGCCAUGUGCGCAACUUCCUCACAUCGCCGCAUUCCGCCAACAGCUCUAGCUACAACGAGUACCAGGUGGACAAGUCGAAUGGCUCCAUGAACAGUGUGGCCCAGUUUGGCAGCUCCGGUCAGGGGCACCACUACCACCAACCGGACCAGCAGCAUAGCAUGAGUGCCCUGAGCACCGCCGCGGCUUCGGCCCUGGAGAAUGUUAAUGGCCAAGUAAAGAUUGAGGCGGACCAGGUUUUCAAGGACUUCGCUGCAGCAGUGGCCUCGCAUCAGCUCCAGCAUAUCUCUCAGUCUCAGAUGCAACAGCAAGCGGCUGCCGUUGCGGCUGUGAUGGCCGACUCUUCGCAAGGCUAUCAGGAUCAGUACAAGGAUGGCUCUGUAGGCGUCAACGGAGCGCAGAAUAGCGCCGGCAGCCUGACCUCCACAUCGUCCUCGAUGAAGUCGCCGCUGUCGUCGCCGCUGCAGGGAAUCGGGGCUGGCACCCAACAUCCUCAGCAGCAACAACUGCAGCAGCAAUCGCAACAACAGUCGCCGGCAUCUGGUCAGCAGCUACCGGUAGUACAUUCCUCUUCCAGCGCCCCAGGCAGUAACAUCAGCACCAGUUCCAACCUUCAGAUGCAGCAGUCACAUGUCUACAACGCCAAGGGCGACGAUAUGGACUCAUCAGCAAGCAGCAAUUUCCACAUGAAGAAACCCUGUGUUCAGCUGAAUGGCAGUGCACACAACCAAAUGACCAGCAAUGGCAGUCACUUUGGCAACGAUUCGGAUGACGAUUCCGACGACAAUAGCCAUGAUCUGAUGGAGCCGCAGGUGUUGAUGCAGCAUGAGAAUCACUACAGUAAUUCGAUGGGUAUGCAGCGAGGCAAUGGAAAUGGAAAUGGAAAUAACACCAGCAGUAAUAGCGGGAGCCACAACGCCAGCGGCAACAGCAACAGUCACAACAAUCAGCAACAACAACAGCACCAGAAUAUGUUUCCGUCGAACACUGACUUCCUAUUCCAGUUGUACCAGCAGUUUCCACAUCAGGCCAACAGUUCACACCCCUCAAACUUCGGGAAAUUCCAGGCACCGCCCAAUCAUCCGGGCGUGCAGCGAUUGUCGGAACAUCUACUGGGCGAAUUGGUCACCACGGAGCUUCUCAAGAUGAACAAGGAACGCAAGAAAAGUGCACAAAAGCGAAUCUUAGAAAUACUCUUUUUUGACGACUAAAGGGCUAGGUACUAGUUUCUGUAAAUAAUGUAAACUAUAAUUCGUAACUUAUGUUAGCUGUUAGGCGUGCUACGGUUCAGCCACAAUAUUGAGUAGCAUUGGUCCAAAAUCCCACCAAGAAGGCAUUUGCAAGGCUUUCUUGUCGAUCGCUUUUCAAUUGUGCUAGUCAAGAGCGGCAAUAAGGAGGGCCCAAAAGGGGUUUCCGUAUCAGCAUUAAUUUAUUCAUGUAUGUUUAAGUGUGCAAUGAAAGGUUUUAAAUUAUUCGAGAGUGUUAAUUAAACUGUAUGCAAAGGAAU